CUGUAGGUCGCAACGACGACGCUGGUCGUCGCUGGUACGCGACGCCAACCGGGAUAGAAAAGUGGAAAACAAAACUCAACAAUUGCGCGUUUUCGAAUCCCUUAUUAGUUCGUGAACUGAAGCGCCCUUGGCAGGCUGUUGCAUUUUUGUUCUGUUUUUGAAAAUAGACGCGAAGUUCCAAACACACAAAAAACCGACAACUGUUUACAUCAACAGUACAGGAAAUGGAUGUAAUGAUAGAAGAUGAAGAACAGGAACCUUCAAUCUACAUUAUCGCGUUAUACGCGCUCCUUUCAUUUCUUUGCGCAAUGUUACUAAUCGUGCUCGUUUAUGUUGCUUGUAAUAAAAAAUAUAAACUGAAUUGGUUCGAAAAAAACUUACUUGAAAAUGCCGAAAAUAAAGAAAUCAGACACAGUCAAGAAGCUUUGAUGCAAGAUUCGGGACCAGGAAGUAGCAAAACGCUUUGUUCUACUACGAGUGAAAACAAAUUCUGGGUACCCCCAAGCAGCAUAAAAAGACAAAAUUCCGUAUGUCAAAGUGACGUUGAAGAGGGUGAUAUUAGCAUAGAAGAUUGCUCGGGGACUGGAAGUCCUACUUCUGCAAGCAGUUAUCAGCCGGUCCCCUUUUCAGGACCUAUUCCCUUGGCGAGAAAUGAUAAGCAAAUUGUGCUCACCUCGAGCAGCCCCAUUAGACCUAAAGUGUCGUCUAUGCAAGCAAAAUUAGACCACACAAAGAUAGACACUUCCUUGUAUCAAAAGGAUUCUCCCGUAGAAACAGAAGAGGUUCGUGGAUCAAUCCAUGUAAACUUAGUUUAUGACCCGAUUGCUGGCAUUCUCACCGUUCACCUUGUCGAGGCACAAGAUUUACAGGCAAGAGAUUUCAGCGGAACGGCAGAUCCUUACGCAAAAAUACGCUUACUUCCGGACAAGACGAACGUCUGGCAAACGAGAAUACAUAAGAAAACCCUCAACCCUGUAUUUGACGAAGACUUCGUUUUCGAAGUGAGGGCCGCGACUUUGGGGAGACACACUUUGGAAAUCCUUUUAUACGAUUUCGACGCAUAUUCUAGACAUCAUAGCAUUGGAGGCGUGCAGAUGCCACUGGCAAAUAUUGACCUUAGUGAAAAAGUAGACGUAUGGAAAAAACUAAUGCCAUUAAAUAAUCAAGACAGUCGACUAGAUUUAGGGGAACUGAUGGUAUCUCUAGCAUAUCUACCUUCAGCUGAACGUCUUACCGUCGUUAUUGUAAAGGCAAGAAACUUGAGGGUAGUUGACGACACAAGAAACAGUUCAGAUCCUUUUGUAAAAGUAAGUCUAAUCCAGGGUUCAAAAAGGCUCAAGAAAAGGAAAACAGGGGUUCAAAGGAACACGGUUUGUCCAGUCUUCAAUGAGGCUUUCACAUUCGAUAUCGGAAAGGAUGUAUUAAAAAAUUGUUACAUAGAAUUCUGCGUGGCGCACGACAGCCUUCUCGGGGCGAGUGAAUUGCUUGGGAAAUGUAAAAUAGGACAAACGCAAGAUUGUCGAAAAAUAGAGAGGCAAUUUUUCAAGGAAAUGCUAACCAGUAAGACAGCUACAGCACAAUGGCUGCCACUACUGGAUCCAAAAACACCAAACUCUGGCAGUAAGACUAAUAAGUGAAUUGCAAAAUAAAUCAAUUCAAUUUCUGGUAUUUAUAACCUUCUCAAAUGCCUUAAUAAUCGGCAACCGUCAAAAACUGAUUAAGUCAACAAGGAACGUGUACUUAAACAAGUACAGUUAUUCAACUUUAAUUAUUAUUGUUUAUCGUAACUUUAAUUCUACUUCCACAACACUAUCGAUAUAACAAAUAAAACACUAUUAUUGUGUUCUGUUACAUAUUUUCAUUAAAUUACAAUUUAAAUCUUACCUUUUUGUUCAUAAUAAUUAAAAGAAAAUAACACAAUCACAAUGAAAAGCAAGCCAAUUGUAAACCAAAAUUAUUGGUUAUGGUUCAACAUUGUAUACAUCAUAUGUGGGUAAAUAAAUCAGAGCAUGCCAUUUUAAAUUCAAUGGACAGAAAACUUAAUUUACAUAAUUAGCAAUAGUUCUCUAUUAAAACUAAACAAAAACUGAUUCGUUAAUUGCAACAUUAAAUCCUUAAAACAAAAAACCAAUUGCCCUAGCUUAAUUUGAAUAAUUCGAAUGAACAGUACUUUGCUAACCUCCAAACUAUAAGUAACUAAAAGCCCAACAACUGAAAGACCUUAACACUCAUAUGAUUUAUAAUUCUUGAUGUUAAUUUUUAAUUAACUAAAAUGAAUUCUUACCUACUUAA